CAAAUCCUUCCCCCAAAAAACGACGGCAUGAAAUCAUGUCCAGAAUCACCAUUAUUUUAUCAGAGCAGACUCAUCUGCGUAAAGAAAAUAUUCGAUCACAUAGAGGCAAAGGUGUUACUUACAGGUAUGACAAUGCUCUUGAUGCUUUCAACAAAAGGAGUGGUAAAUUCGGCGCCCAGUAGUUAUCAUUUCCAUCGAAUUCCAACAAGCUGCGGUGUGAUCAAAACUGAGCCUUUUGGUCCUUUGCCAAAAUGGCAGUCCACAAAUUUGACCUACGCAUUGUUAGACAUCCCGUAUGCCCAAUUAGGGCUAUCCAGUGCAGCAGUUAGGUUUAGCAUAGCCGCGGCCUUCGAUUCAUGGGCCGCCGUAACGCCCUUCCAUUUUGUGGAAGCCCAAAACAGCGAUCAAGCGAACAUCAAAAUAAGUUUCGCCACAGGCGACCAUGGCGACGGCGAGCCCUUUGACGGACCAGGCGGCCUUCUGGCGCACUCCUUCGCUCCGCCAUCCGGUAUCAUGCAUUUUGACGCCGAAGAAUAUUGGCGUGUUGAUGGCUUUGAAGAGCCCUCGUAUUUUCUUUGGGUUGAUUUGCAGAGCAUAGCGCUGCAUGAAAUAGGGCAUAUUAUAGGGUUAGGGCACGCGCAAAAUAGUGAUGCCGUUAUGUACAGAUUUAUCUCUGUUAGAGAAGUUAAAAGAGAGCUUACCGUUCAUGAUGUGCAAUGCGCCGCUGCCCUGUAUGCUACGCCUCUUGAGGUGCCCUAUAUUUUUGUCAAGCUUUUGUUUGCCCUAAUCUGCACCUCAUUCAUAUGUACAAUUCUAUUUUCAACUGUAUGAAGUAAGCUUCAGUGA